CCAAUUAAUUAGCCCAGUUCAGUUCAACUUAUCAGCUUGUUCUUCUCUAACCAAGAAGAGAAGACAAAACAAAACAAAGCGUCUGUAAUAAUCUGUAACCCCUUCCUGCUGAGCGAUGAAUAUGGCGGUGGCGGGAGAAGCGGAUGCUAUCACGAUCAUCGCUGAUAAAAGCCAAAUCACAACCGUCAAUGCGACCACGGAUUCCGAUGAUGAUAAGGUUAGCAGCAUCAGCCAAAUGGAUUCCGAUGAUGAUAAGGUUAGCGGCAACAACAAGUAUAUACAUGAUGAUCUUUCAUUCUACAUUCUUUCGAAAUUACCAAUCAAAUCAUUGAAGCGUUUUGGAUGUGUAAGAAAAUCAUGGUCCAUUUUAUUUGAAAACCCUAAUUUCAUGACAAUGUUUCGUAAACAUUUCAUCAUAUCUAGUAACAAUGAUGAUGAUGCUGAUGAUUCCGGUCAUACAUUUCUCCUCAUACAUCAUCCUGAAAUGGAUCUCUAUCGCGCACAAUUGCAUUUGCUCCCUCGUGAUCAAAGUUUCAAGAAUACACUCAAAUUAAAUUUGCCACCUCCAUUUCAUGAUGAUGACGUUAAUAUUAAUAUUUUGUGCUCCACUAGUGUUAACGGCAUUUUUUGUCUCAAUCAAUAUUAUCGAGGAGGAGAUGCAAAUAAGGUCCGAUUUGUAUUGUGGAAUCCGGCUACCAAUGAAUUUGUGGUCCUUCCUCCUAGCCCUGAUGAGUCGGAACCACGACCACCUGACCUGUCCUCUUAUCACUCUUUUCAUGGGUUUGGUUAUGACAAAGUUAGAGAUGACAUUAAGGUGUUUCAGUAUGUAACAUUAGAUUACUAUGAUUAUAACAAUUGCCCACCAAUAACUUUCGACCCUAUGUUUGUGAUAUAUAGUCUAAGAACUAACUCUUGGAGGAUAAUCGACAUUGAUAUGCCUUAUUGGCUUUGUAGUAAUGCAUACCAAGGAUUUGAAGUGUACUCGGAUGGAAUGUGUCAUUGGGUAGCAAAACACCAUACUGGUGAAAAGUGUUUACUUUCAUUUGACUUGAGUGAGGAGGUGUUCUUUAUAACACCCAUGGAUGAAAAUUCUGAUUUUUCACACUCUACAAGAUAUCACUUGGUGGUUUUAAAUGGGUCAAUUGCUUUGAUCUCAAAUCAUGUAAGCGCCGAUACUAUUUUCCAAAUAUCAAUCUUGGGUGAACUCCGUGUGAGGGAAUCAUGGAUCAAACUCUUUAUUAUUGGCCCCAUACCUUCCUUUGACUGGAGACCAAUUGGAGUUGGAAAGGAGGGAUAUAUUUUCUUUAGAAAAAAAGAUGAUGAACUAGCAUGGGUUGAUUUGAGCACUCAAAUAGUUGAGGAGAUCGGUGUUAAAGGAGAGGAAAUGAAUUGUAAUAUUGGAACUUACAAGGAAAGCCUUCUUCCAAUUGAAGGUUUAAAUAAUUAGUUGUUUUUUUUGUUUUAGCCCAAAGUGAUGUCAAAGACACUAGUGACUUCAAGCUUGAAAUACACUGUUGUUCCAUCUCCACAUCAGAUGAAAUCCAUUGCAGAAUGGUUGAAAUCAGGCCCAUAUUUCCAAGAAUAAGUUCAGGUUUCUUGAUGGUUUUCUCCCUGCUCCGACAAAUUUGAUCUGAGCUAUAAUGACUCUCAAUAAUCUAGCUAUCACAUUUUUGGAUCUUGAACUCUGCAAGUCCUCCAUCGCCAACACCAUUCCAAGGUUUGGUGAAUUCGAAGAGAAAUGUUUGCAGCAAGAAGUUUAUCCAUUCAAGCAAGGUAUAUUAGUUCUGUAACAACCCACUUGUUUUUUAUUAUACUUCAAAGGCAUAAAUACCCAACUUUGCUUAUCAAUUUUUUAUUGCCUAGGUACUUGGAUCAAUAUAAUUUAAUUGCUAUUAGUAUUACUACUAUCAUAUUAAAUAAUAAUAUCUCUCAUGAUAUUUUUUUUCAA